UCGCAACAGCGUCUCCCGUCACUUCCUCGCGGCCGAGGAAACCGCGGCCGAUCUCGUGUGGUCAGGCGGCCAUCAUCUGGAGCAAAUCAAAUGAGUUGACGUAAAGUAAUGAGUUUAGUGCAAUUACGCGCAAUCGGCGCACGCGAACUUAUGCAACAUAGUUUUCGACAUCAAACGCUCGGUUUACAGCAUGAUGUUCAGCAAACUGGUUACAGUGUGCGAAAGUGAUCGGUCGUCUCAAAUGAUAAUGUAGUAUUCCGCAUUGUUAUUUGUGAGUGAAAAACAAAAUUGACAUUGGUGCUAUUUCAGUGUGAAUGCCGGUGGAUUGUUACGUCUGGCACGAUGCCAGCAUAUAGGAACAGCUGACUGUAAACAAACAAAUUAGCCGCGAACGACAAUAAUGAUGCAUGUACCAAAUAUUUCAGUUCGGCCGUACCGAAAAUUAUGUCUGGAGGAUAUAUGACAAAAAUAUUUCGGAGAUGGCCGAAAAAGGAGACUCCAGCGAUAGCGAAAGCCCCAUAAUAGACGACAACAUAAUACGAAUUCAAUUGAGAAAGCCUUGCCAAAGGAAAUGGGAGCUGCGGACGCGAAAUCACUCCCCAGGGAUAAAAUUCCCGACAAUACAACUUUUUGAUUGCGAUGGAAACCUUCUCGUUGAAACAAAUGACGACAACAUAUCUAUAAAAAGUUCUGAUUUCGAUGAGCGUGGCUUAAAAACGAGCCAGUCGCUGCGGGAUUUUAAACAUUUUAUCGGCAAAAAUGCGGUUAAAAAACGCAAUUCUAUUUCAGGUGCCAAAGUUUACACUCGUGUUUACAGAAGUGUGUCGUUAAAAGAUGAUUCCGCAGACGUUGGUGCUAAAAGUUACGUCAUACGAGACGGUACCAGUGUGGUAAACAUUCCAAGCAAACUCACAUUAAACAACAACUUAACUAAUUUGCAAGCAAACAGUCUUGAGACAACCCCCUUUGAGUCUGAAUGUUUUAGUGAUAUAAGCAGUUAUAAAAGUUCUGACAAUGAAAAUCACGAGAAGGUGAAGCGUCCAUAUGAAACAAAUAACCGUGCGGUAUGCCAAAACGGUGCGAUCUCAAAUCUAAGUUCGGAUCAUUCAUCUAUAUCUUCGCUGAGCGCGGCGAAUCAAUCAGCAAAUGUUGUGUCAUCGGAUAAAGAAAAUGAAGUGCGCGAUGUCGGUUUACAUAAAUCUCAAUCAUUCAACGGCAAUACGUUUAGAGAUGGGAGUGAUACCGUGGUUACAUUAUCCCGUUCGAAGUCCGGAGUGACGUACAAACCCCCGCACAACAAGGUAUCUUUCCUCAACACUUACUUAAAAAGCUUACCCGCUAGAAUGAACUCUAAUCCGGAUUGGUUUACUUUGCACCGGCGAACAAUUGAGGAUCGGGAGAGCUCCCGAACUGCGAGACGGCAGGAAUUGCCUAAUAUCUCUUUCGCAAAAAUCCGUCGCUGUAAAACUGGCGAUAACACCUCGGACAAUGAAUUCAUUAAUAUUCCAACGGACUUUGCCGCAGACUGUGAAAUGAAAAAGCGCUUGAAAAUGUAUAGACGUGGCCUAUCGGAGAUCGAGCAGCGGCAACGAAAUUCGAGUUUAUUUACGAAAAAACGGAGACAUUCAGUGAGUGGCCUGAUGAGGGCAUGCCUCACUUCGUCCUCGGAAAGUGUGGACGAAGCCGACGUAGUACUUAACCGUCUGAAGAGGAGGAUACUCAAGAACAAGCUAAGAGAGAAAAGACGGAGCCUCGGCGAGAAAUUUCAAUUCAAUCAACGGGUCCAGGCAAACCAGGAGCGGUGUGCGGCCAGCCAGCGCGAUGCGGGCGGCGGGGCCCGUCUGAGGUCCCGCCGAGCGAUGGGCUCCAACAUCAGCCAGCACUCCGCCAAGGGUCUGAAAGGGCGCCGCGCCCGCUCCAGUGGCGACCUGUGCAAUGGCGACUCGAAGAGCCAGACGGAGUCGUCCGUAUGCGGCUCCGUCGUCGGCGACGUCAUGGGAUGGAACCGCUCAUUGCCGAACCAUUUAGACGGCAAUCGGCAUUUGGCGGAUUAUAGCAGAGUGAACAAUAACUAUGGAGACUUUGGAACGUAUAACCGAUGCCAUCCGAAAGGCGGAAGGGGACUGCGGUACCGAGUGUCUAAGUCUGGUGAGUCUUAG